AUGAGCAAGGCAGCCCACUGCGAGCCGGCCGUUGUCCAGCUGCCAGCUGGCGGCGGAUCCGCCAAGUUCCGCCUCAAGAACCCCGACACCAAGAAGUACAGCUACUUUGUGGAGAACAGCGACCCGGCCAACUACGCCAUCGGGCUCGAGCCGUUCGGCCACAUGCCGAUGGGCGAGUCGAGGACGGUGGAGGUCGUCAAGAAGCCUGGCGCCCCCAGCGAAGCCAAGGCCACCAUCAAGCUCUUCCCCGCCAUCCCACCCGGCAAGGAGCACGAGGUCGACAUCGACAACCUCAUCAAGGGCACCCCACUCCAGCAGUUUGAGGUGAAGUUCGUCACCCAG